AAUUCUGCAAGUGGUUCUGAUUUACUAUCGCUGUUCUCUAGCUGGUCUAAAACCGCUUUUUAUAUAAAGGGACGCUUUUUGGACACCAUGGACGUUUCUCAGUUUCAAGGCAGUAAAAACAGUAAAAAUGCAGGCAGGGCACAGGACAAAGCACUCGGGACAAAAUGUAUGUGAAAUGCUUUGAUACAUGAAUGUCCCUUUUUAACAUUUUUAAGUUUCCCCACCAGUUCCAGCCCCCGUAUGUCCUGUACGUCCCAACGCUCGCAGGGACCAGAACCCGGAAGACGGAUGCUGGCAUCAGCCGGAGGAGAUGGCCCGGGACGCUGCAGGGGGGACAU